UCAACAUCAGGUACUAUAGAUGAAACUUACCCACCAAGGUAAUAUCUGGUCGCAGUGUUAAACCCCAUGUAUUAUUGCUACGAACCUUUCCUUAAACCCUGAGAAGCAGCUCAGACCAGACACGCCUGAAACCAUGAAGCCAGACACAAAAGAACCUGAAACUGAGAUUGAACCUCCAUUCAAAGAUGACUCAGAUAUCUGCAACCAACUAUUCUCCCGCUACUCCGCCUCCAAGGCCGUCCACCAUCGCCACCUCCUUGCCACCGCCGCCGCCAUCCGCUCCAUUCUCUCUACUGACGAUUCCUAUCCCCUCACUCCGGUGGCUUACUUUGCCGCCGCAGUCGAUAACCUCUCUGAUUUAAAAACCCUAGAUUCCGCUGCAAUCGCGGCGCUUUUGUCCUUUGUUUCGAUACUAGUCCCAUUGAUUCCAGAGAAGGAGAUAAAUAGUGAUCAGGCUAGCAAGGCAGUGCAAGUGUUGGUGGAAGUUAUGGAGAGUGAGGAGUUUGAGUUAGGAGCGGCAAGUGUGAGCGGUGUGGUUAAGUGUUUAGGGAUUCUGAUUGUUGGGUUUUGUGAUUUGGAAGAUUGGAGCUCUUUGAAACUGGGGUUUGAAACUGUGCUUAAAUCGUGUGUUGAUAAGCGGCCCAAGGUUAGGAGGGGUGCUCAAGAUUGCCUUGAGAAGGUUUUUAAGUCUCUUCGGUAUUCUACUGUUAUUGAGGAAUCGGGGAAGUUGGUGUUUUUAGCACUCAAGAGUUACAGGGCCAUUGCACUUACACUAAGUGAGUUAAAGGUUGUGGAUGAUUCUAAAGAUAAAACACUAUCAGAGCCUAGAAAUUUAGAGGUUCUGCAUUUGCUAAAUUUGCUUAAGCUUGUUGUUCCAUAUCUCUCUGUUAAGUUCAGUUCGAAAGUUUUGUCGGAAUUACUUAAGCUCAUUCGUCCUAAGUUCUCACCUUUGACAAGGCAUAUUUUUAGAAGUAUUGAAGCAUAUUUUGAAAAUUCAAGAGAGGAAGUAUUCAGCCCACAUUUAGAAAACAUUAUAAGUUCUCUCUGUUUAUAUGUAUCUGUCGGGGAGAAUCCAGUGGAUACUGUCAUUUCUGCAGCAACUUUAUUAAAAGUUGCUUUAGACAAACUUCAUGCUGGAGGAUCAAGGUCUUCGUGGAUGAGGAAUGUUCCUAAAGUUUUUGGUACUGUAGCAGGUCUUCUGACUUGUGAGACUGCUGCUGCAUCACAGGCUUCCAAUAUCAUGAAGGAGAUGAUCAACCAUUAUAUUGAUAAAAAAAAGCUCAUGACUGAUGAAAGCCUGUCUUUUGAAGAUGUAAACCAAGAAACUGUUGAAGCAGAUGUGAUAAAGUUGACAUGUUCUGUCUUUGAGAAAACUUUAAGCUCAUGCAAUGGGCUUCCCAGCGAGCAUCUUUUGGAAGUCAUAUCUGCUUUAUUCUUGAACCUUCGGGAGGUCUCAUUUAUCUUCAUGAAGAAUCUUGUUCUCAAGCUUGCUGACUUGAUGAACAGUAUUAGCCAGGAUAAAUCUGACAUAAAUUAUCUUCAGAAUUGCAUUGGACGUGCUGUAGCUUCCAUGGGGCCAGAGAGGAUACUUACACUCAUACCCAUCUCUUUCCAUGCUGAUAAUUUUACUUGUUCGAACGUCUGGUUGAUACCCAUACUGAAGAAACAUGUUGUUGGAGCAUCGCUAGGGUAUUACAUGGAGCAUAUUGUGCCUCUUGCAAAAUCCUUCAUGCAAGCGAGUAAGAAAGUUAAAAAGUCAGUAAUUGGUGAAGAUCUGCAGGCUUAUGCUUAUGGUCUCUGGGGACUGCUCCCUGCCUUUUGUCACUAUCCUGUCGAUAUCCACAAAAAGUUCGGGUCUUUGGCUAAAAUUCUAACUGCCUUUCUGAAUGAAGAUUCUUUCAUGCAUCAAAAUGUUGCUGUUGCCUUACAGGCUCUUGUGAAUCAAAAUAGAAGUGCAGUUGUCUCUAAGAAUACUGCUGGCGAGUCACAUAUCAAUGCAGUGAAGGAUGCUCUUUUGGAGUUCAGAACUAUACCCACUUAUUCGAAGAAAACUGCAACCAAAAACAUCAAGACUUUGUCGUCAUAUUCAACUGAGUUGCUUCAGGCUCUAGUGGACUUAUUUGUUGAUUCUCUACCAGAGAAGCGCCUAUAUAUAAAGGAUGCUGUUGGAUGCUUAGCUUCUAUUACGGACUCUUCUAUCACCAAGAACAUUUUCAUGUCACUGCUGGAGAGGUUUCAGCUUGUGAAUGACAGAGGCGAAUUUGAACAGCUGGUUAACCAUGGAGAUGAAUUGAUUGAACCAGAGCAAGGCAGCUUUAGGGCAAAUGAAGAAGAUGGAAAGAGGUGUGUGAUCAUGGAGUUAGCUUCUUCUCUCAUUGAAGGAGCCAAGGAGGAUCUUAUCAAUCUAAUAUAUAAUUUUGUUAUUUCUGUAUUUAAGAAUACUGCUGUGACCAGUCAUUGUGAAGCAUACCACACUUUAAGCAGGGUUUUGGAGCAGGAACAUGCCUGGUUCUGUUCUGCUCGAUUUGCAGAGUUGAUAGAGUUGUUAAUUGGUCUGAAGCCUCCUACUGAUGUUGCUUCUUUAAAAAAUCGAUUUGCUUGUUUCCAGAUCCUUAUGAUUCACAUAUUGGAGGCAUGCUUGGAGGAGGAAGAUACAAAGGCUUUUCUUAUGCUCAAUGAGAUCAUACUCACUUUAAAGGGUGCGGAUGAUGAAGCUAGGAAAGUGGCUUAUGACACACUCCUUAUGAUAAGUUCCUCCUUCCGAAAUUUAUCAUCUGCAAGUUCUGGUGAAACUUAUCACAAACUGAUAAGCAUGAUAAUGGGUUAUCUUUCGGGUCCAUCCCCUCACAUAAAGAGCGGAGCAGUGUCAGCACUGUCUUUACUGGUGUAUAAUGAUGCAGACAUCUGUCUCAAGAUGCCUGAACUUGUUCCUUCACUCUUAUCCUUGCUGCAAAGCAAAGCUGUGGAAGUCAUAAAAGCUGUUUUGGGUUUUGUGAAAGUACUAGUAUCAUCCUUGCAAGCUAAAGAUCUGCAGAAUCUUCUAUCUGACAUCACCAGCAACAUACUCCUGUGGUCAACUGUCUCUAGAUUUCAUUUUAGAUCUAAGGUGACAGUUAUACUGGAGAUUAUGAGACGGAAGUGUGGUUCUGCUGCAGUUGAGUUAGUUACUCCAGAGAAGUAUAAGAGUUUUGUUAAAACUGUUUUGCAGAAUCGUCAUCAUAACACAACAUCAAAGGAAGGCUCAACUGGUAUGGAAACAAAGCUUGCAUAUUCAUCCUCCAAAAGGAUUGACAAGCGGAAGCACAAAGAAUUGGGUUUUGUAUCUGAGGAAAAGGGAAGGAAGAGAAAGAGAAAUAAUAAGGAAAACAGGAACCCUCCUACUUUCGCAGAGCCGGGUGUAUCAAGUGGUGAUGGUGGUGGACCUGAAGGGGCUAAAAGAGAGUGGCAUUCUAAAUAUGGAAAACCUGUAAAGGGUCGAUCAACUGAUAAUGGAAAAAAGAGGAAAUUUAUCAAACAGCCUGCCAGUGGUGGAAAAAAAGGGGUGGAGCGGACGAUCAUGGGCAAGAAAGGGGGAACAGUAUUUCAUAAACCUGCUUCCACUCCCAAAUUCCCUAAACACAAUAAAUUUGGGAAGAAACACAAAGAUGUUCGAGAAGCCUGAGCAGUUGCUUCCACAGCAUUGGCGUGAAGCCUCACCUAGGACUGCUAUUUGACAAGAGACGUACAUCCGCUGAAAGGUGAGAUUUUAAAGUUUUAUUUUAGGGCUCUGCUAUUAUUCUAGGGCUUUCGAAUUGCAGAACCAGACGCCGGAAAGAUAAGCCGGGGGAGUCAUCCCCAGUACAGAGAAGGAAAGCAUUCUUUAAUUUCUCAAAGAAGCAAUUGGGAUAUUCAUAGGUUGUAUGAACUCAGUGGAACUUAUAAUUUUGUACCAUCUUAAAUUUUGAGGAAUGUCUAGUUGGUUAUUUAUGUUCA